UUGAACAGAAUGGGUCACGUUGAAUUGGACUUUACGGCAAUACCGAAAUUAUAUGGGCCAGAAAAUUUCUGGCACUGGAGAAUGCUUCUUCGCUCCUAUCUAGAAGCUGCCGAUCUCUGGAGGGACGAUCAUCCUAAAGAGAAUGCACAUGCCAAAUUUAUACUCCUUGCAACAAUACAGGGUGAUAAAAUUGAACCAGGCUAUGAGGAAAUGUCCCCCAAACAAGUAUUCAAGAGCUUAGAAGAACGUUUCCGUCCAUAUUAAUGUGAAAUCCUAUUACAACAUUAUAACUUUUUAUGUAUUGUCAAUAAAAUGCUCAGAGCUCUGAA